CGGCCAUAUUGAAGCUAUACACAAGUUAAAGUGAUCGUUCGUGAAUAUAACACUAGUACAGUUAGAUGCCUAAGUUCCCUGUCUCACACUCGCGAGACUUGUCAAGUCGUGGUCUACUGUUCCUUAAUUCGUUAAGCACGAUUUAAAAUGCCGGUAUGAUUUCGAAAAAAACAAAAAGGACAUCCUCUGCUACGUUUAUUCUGUCGCUGAUCAAUUUUCAAGGAUAGCUUGGCAGGAGGCGCUCGGAGUUGUGUGGGUGUAUGGAUGUCCGCGUUUGUGUGACAAAGUGCGCAUAGUAGGUGAGGUCAUACACCCAUCACUCGCGCAGGUGGUUCAUCCUCCAUUCCCGCAGUACAGUCAGUCUGUAAAGCAAGUGCACGAGAUCAUCUGAAGAUCUGAAGGAACUCCAGUUCGUUACGUUACUGCAUUCAACGAUGACCGAUAACAUGUUGUUUAGUAAAUUUUCUGUGCCGAUCCUAGCACUCAUGGUCACUGUCACUCAUACUAACUACACAGACAUUGAUCUGUCGCCGGAUCACAUCAAGUAUUAUUUCAAUUCUUUUCCCACGGCAGCCGAAAAGUGCCGCAACGACACUGCCUGUCCGUACAAGGAUAGCCUUGAUACCAAAGCUUGUUGGGGUUACGAGCCAAAUUGCAAAGCCGAAAAUUCUUUUUCCGUUCCUCAAUGUCCAGGUGAUCAUAAAGGAUGGGUAACGACGAAAAAAGCUCAAUUAGACACGUUUUACGCUCAAGGCGAUUUCGGCUACGUGCGCGAUCAGAGAACGGAAAUGUCAAUUUUCUGUGAGCCAUUAUUUGUGGAUGAUUCGUCCCUAGAGUGCUCGGAACACAUGAGAUUCUGUAGAGCAAGAAAUAUAAUGAUAAAUUUUACGGACCUACUCCAAAGAAAAGAACCGAUACGCUACAAAAUGGAUGUUUUAAAGGAGGGUCAAAUUGGUGGAUACUGCACAUUAAACGAGAAAAGAUUGCAAGAUAAUGCGGAUCAUAUUAGUCCAUUGCAAUCGUGGGGACCAGAGUUACGAAAUUUCCGGAAGCUACCUCGACCACCGAUCGUUAAUGGCGACUGUGAUAUCGUUAUCGAGAAGCCAACGUACAUAAUGAAAAUAGAUGCUAUAGUAAAUAUGUAUCAUCAUUUUUGCGACUUUUUCAACUUGUACACGUCAUUGCACGUAAAUCUCUCGCACCCCGCCGCAUUCAGCACAGACAAUCAUAUAAUGAUCUGGGAAAGUUACAGUUACCGCUCGGCGUUUCAAGACACCUUCGAGGCUUUCACAAGAAACCCGCUGUGGGAUUUAAAAACUUUCCGCGGAGAAACUGUCUGUUUCAAAAAUCUCGUAUUUCCGUUACUGCCGCGAAUGAUCUUUGGUCUAUACUACAACACGCCCCUUAUUUAUGGCUGUGAGAAAAGUGGAUUAUUUAAGGCUUUUGGUGACCAUGUGUUGCAUAGACUAAGCAUACCUCUUCACGAAAGAAAAAACCAAAGGAUACGUGUGACCCUGCUGAGCAGAGACACACAAUACAGAAGAAUUUUAAAUGAAGACGAGUUAGUGAAAGCUUUGAAAGAAAAUACCGAAUAUAGAGUUAGAAAGGUAGUCUAUAAUAAAAAGGUUCCAUUCAAAAAGCAAUUAGAAAUUACAAGAAACUCUGAUAUUUUUAUUGGUAUUCAUGGAGCUGGAUUAUCACAUUUGAUGUUUCUACCAGAUUGGGCAGCUGUGUUUGAGAUAUAUAACUGUGAAGAUCUGGGAUGUUACAAGGAUCUUGCUCGUUUACGCGGUGUGAAAUAUUUCACAUGGCAGAAUACUUCAAAAUUAGUACAACAAGAUCCCGGCACGCAUCCUGAUGGAGGAGCUCACGCAAAGUUCACGAAUUACAGCUUCGAUGUGAAAGAAUUUCUACGUAUAGUUUCACUUGCCAGAGAUCACGUGAGAACUCAUAAUGCUUUUAAAAAAUUCAUUAGUAAAAGAACACAAGGAAAGAGGUCGGAAGUAAAAAACGAAACUGUAAUAACAAACGACGUUAAAGACGUCAAAACUCCUAAGUCAAAAGAAUCAACCGAAUUAAAGCCUGAUGUUCAACCCAAAGAUGAGUUAUAACCAAUUUUUAGAUACUCAAUUUCGAGAACAACGAAACAUUUUAAUGUUUCAUAGACUAAUGUAUAGUUAAAUCGAAUGAAACAAAUGACUUGUUACCAAUUAAGUUUUUUUACUUAUUUUUAUACCGUUACAUGUACAUACUUAUUUUUAUAAAAAAAAGUAAUAAAUAAGAAAUGAAAUUUGAUAUGUAUACAUUAUGGCAGUGACAAUAGUCUGAAAUUGUCAAAUGUCAAUAGUAAUACUAUACUACAUUUAGUAUGCUAGUACUAUAAGCACAUUUGGCCCGCAGGUAUAUACAUAGUACAAUAUACAAAAUUGUAUUCUUUCAAAAAAGAUACAACGAAUCAUAUACUUUAUAACUUAAUUUGUACCUGUUUUCUAUAUAAAAAUAAAACUGAUAGUAUAUUUACAGCCAUAUAUACAA